UUUGGACAGCGUUCUUCGCCCAGUGUGUUUAGUAGCGGAUGGUGCAGGAUGGCGAUGGAGCCGAAUAAAACAGAAAUUCUCACGAUUUUCAAAAGACUGCGGGCGAUUCCCACAAAUAAGGCCUGCUUUGACUGUGCUGCUAAGAACCCGAGCUGGGCUAGUAUUCCUUAUGGAGUUUUCCUUUGCAUUGACUGCUCAGGGAUCCAUCGUUCACUGGGUGUUCACCUGAGCUUCAUCAGAUCCACGGAGCUGGACUCCAACUGGAGCUGGUUCCAGCUGAGAUGUAUGCAGGUCGGAGGGAAUGCUAAUGCGACGGCCUUCUUCCGCCAGCAUGGCUGCACGACCAACGACACCAACGCCAAAUACAACAGCCGUGCGGCACAGAUGUACCGGGAGAAGAUCCGACAGCUAGCCAACGCUGCUCUGUCCAAAUAUGGCACUGAUCUGUGGAUCGAUAAUACAGGACACGUUCAUUCCCCGACUGCAGAGAAGAAAGAGGCGGAUUUCUUUGACGAGCACACUCAGCCUGCCACCAGCUGGGACAUGGCCUCCCCUUCCCUGUCAGAGCAGAAUGGAGCCAUCACCGUCAAUUCCCAACUGGAACAGGACGGUCCCAGAAUGGCUGAGACUGUUGCUGCUCAACUAGAUGAAGGCCCCAGCAUUGAAGGGUUAGGCACAGAUGCAAAAGCCCCUAUAGAUGACUCAAUGAAAUUGGCGCCUGAUGAGCCUGAGCCUCUUAAAGAAGCGAGACCCUCCAUCAUAGGAAAGAAGAAACCCACCACUGCAAAGAAGGGGCUGGGGGCCAAGAAGGGUCUGGGGGCGCAGAAGGUGAGCAGUAAGAGUUUCACCGAGGUGGAGAAACAGGCUCAGGUGGCCGAGAAGAUGAGAGAGGAGCAGGCCGCAGAGGCUAAGAAACAAGCUGAGGAGUCCAUUGUGGCAUCUAUGCGCCUGGCCUACAAAGAGCUGGAGAUUGACAGGAAAAUGGAAGAGAAGAGGCUGCAGAACCUGGAGGGGAAGAAGAGGGAGCAGGCUGAAAGGCUGGGAAUGGGCUUUGGGAACAGGAGUGUUGUGUCACACUCGGUGAUGUCAGAGAUGCAGGUGAUUGAGCAGGAAACUCCAGUGGGGUCAAAGUCUUCCUCCCGCUCCAAACUGGACAUGUUUGAUGAGCCUGGGUUUACCUCCGGACCGCCAAAGUACAAGGACAACCCUUUCACUGCAGGAGACAGCUUUGGUUCUCGGUGGGAUUCAGAUUCAGGCUCUGCCUCAUUCUCCUCAUCCUGGGCUCUGGAGAAGGAGGAGCCUAAAGAAACAGAAGUCACCAUCUCAAGCAUCCAGCCAAUUGGGGAAAGGUUGCCCAGCAGAAGGAAGCCAGAAGCCUCAGCGCCUGUUGCAGAGUCUAGCGAGGCACGACAGAAGUUUGCUAAUGCUAAGGCGAUCUCCUCUGACAUGUUCUUUGGCCGUGAGACCAAUGCCGAGUACGAGGCAAAAGCUCGGCUGGAGACCAUGUCCGGUAGUACCUCCAUUAGCUCUGCUGACCUGUUUGGAGAUGGUAGCAGCCGUUCUUCAGCGUCGUCAGGAUUCGAAAGUGUGCUUCCCUCUGGACCGGACAUUGCCCAGUUUAAGCAGGGGGUGAAGACUGUGGCUGGCAAAAUGGCUGUGCUGGCUAACGGAGUAAUGAACACCAUUCAGGACCGCUAUGGCUCCUACUGAGAGGACUGCAUGAAUUGGACAGGAAAGGAAGUGACAUCAAACAGGACGUAUCACACUGCUGACUGGAUCUGGCCUUGUUUUUCUCUCCUAUAUUUACACAAAACAAAGAGAGAGAGAGAAAAUAGAGAAACAAAAAGAAAGGAAGAGAGAUGGAGAGACACGGGACCUCCCUGUCUCUGUCCCCAGACCUUUGUAGAUUGUCGCAGAACAACCCCCCGACUGACAGUAUUUUCAUUUUCUUUCUUUUUUUUUUGCAAACGUGUGGUUUUAUUUUCAAAAGCACUGAGAGGUGUAGAAAGUUUUGUUUUUUGUUUGACUUGUUUUCCAGAACCACAGUGCAUUUUGUUGAGACUAACGAGUCCUGUUUUCUAUGCCACUUACUGGUCUGAGAUUUCAGUUGUUGAUUUGACAAACAAAAGUGUUCGCUAUGAAAUGAAAUGUAUAACCAAACUUAUUCUUAGCUCCACCAUGUUCUCAUGGCUUUCUUUUUUUUUUGUAUUUAAAUGGCAUCAUAUUCUACCUGAACAGUGCAGUUAAGACUGUAGUGGCGUUCACCUCAGAAAGAAAGGGAACUGAACGGGUUGAUGUGUCCGAUGACGGUUUGGAUGUCAGCCGAUCUGCACAGCUGCACAGGUGUGAUGGAGUUUUUCAGCCAGCUGUGAUGAAGACUGUCAGGGACUUCAGAGUUGGAUCGACUGAGACAGGAUGUUGCCCUUUUCUCGGUGAGGUAGCUUUAGGUUUUCAGAAUCCAGCAAUUUGAGAUUGUUUCAGACAAUAUGACACAAACAUACUAACGUGCAAUACGUGCUCCAGGUUUGGGCGCGGCUGUGUGUGACUGGAUGCCUGGAACUGCUAGUGGAGUUUUACUUGUGAGCAAACAAAGCAUUCAUGUUUUUGUGCUGUUUCUCUAAGCAUGCCUAUGCAAGCCUGUGCUUGUAAAACUCCUCUCAAACCCUCAGGUUGCACUUCCAGUUUUCCCUCACACAUUUAAUAAGGUGCAACAGGAGCAAGUCUGCCUGAUACAUGCUGGAAGCAGGUUCACAGAUGCGACCGUGUCUGUGGCCUGUUUGUUUUAAUAAAGAACAUAUGUUCGUAUGCAAAAGUCAAAUCACACGUUUUGUUGAUUUUCAAAGAUUUUUAACAGGGAACAAUGACUUUUUGUGCUAAUUUUAGGGCACAGUUUGUGUUUUUUUCCCUCACUUAACAUAGUGGGGAAAAAAUUAAAUCGAAAAUUUAAAACGUCAUAACUUUUACACAGCCCACUUCUUAUUUUUUGAUUGUUUUUUACUCCCCCAAUAUGUUAAGUUCAGCGAAUAAACAGCAACUGCGCAUUAAAUGUGUUUCUUGUAGAGCAUGUGUACCUAGAAAAUGAAUAAAACACGUCAUUUGACCGGGGUGCCCAAACUUUUGCAUACGGACACACAUCAGCUGCCAGAAAAUAGAACUGAAUUUUAAUAAGUUGAAUAGAAUUGACUUAUCCAAGCUCCGCUCAGAAAUGCAUUGUUUUAUAUCAGCUGUUGUGAGAAGAGCGUCAGAAUUCCCAUUGAGCCUAGAGAGAAACUGUUUGGGAUGCACAGUGAUAUCAGAAUCAUAUGUUAUUGCGACAAGCUUCUUAAAAAUGGAAUCGGCACUGAAGAGAUGUUUAGAUAUGACUGAUAAGUCGGACUGACAUUUUUGAAGUAUUUAUUGUGCUCCAGAAAAGCGGAGGGUUUAGGUGACUUUGUGUUAUUGUGCUAAAAUUUAUACGUUUUAUUCAUUUCACUGUAUUUGUAAUCCUAUAGAUGAAAUUGAUGAGCUGCAGUGCGAUAUUUCUUUACAUUGCUAGUCCAGGCGUAGGUGUCUACAUUUUAUAGAUGUGUUUAUAGAUGUAUCGGCAAAUACGUUCAAGAAAAAUAUCGGAUAUUUGUAUUGGCCCACAGUUUCGAUAUCAGUGCAUCCCUGCAGAUUGUAACAGCUUCCAGUUGACCGUGCUGAGCUGGACUAUGUUGUUGCUAAUCAAAACUCGCUGAUGGGUCAGCUUGAUUAUGUGGCAAAAAACACACACACAAUCAGUUCUUAAGUCUUGUUCACAUCAAAUCUGAUUUUUCAUGCAUGUUGACACCGUCUUUCACAUCGAGUUCCAAACUGACCGACUACAAUGCUUCGUAAUUUUUAGACUGAACUCUGCUUUAUUUUCUGCGUUGUACGGAUGCGUUAAACAUCAGACUGACCAAUCAGUGCCUACCAAUCUGACCAAAUGGCACAGCACAAAAUCUUAUACAACAAAAUAACUAUAAAAAUGUGGAGCUUAAAGAAAAUAAAUGUAGGACCAGAGCUGAAAGGCUGGGAAUGACUUUAGUACUACACAACUACUGUUUGUAGACAUUUUUGUCUGUUUAUAUCUGUUUUUUUGUACCCAGUGUACACACUGGGUUGCAGUGCUUUAAAAAAAAUGAUGAAUUUAUUGCCACGACUAAUUGAGGAAUCUAUUUUUUCUUCCUCUUCCGUCGUCUUCCUGAGAAAACAAGCGUCAGAUUCAAUCAUUUUUUUCCGUAUUUGGUGUGAAUAAGCUUCAGUGUGACCACUACAGACAAAUACAAAUUAGAAUUAUUAUUAUUAUUUUCAAAACCACCCACCCCUUCAAAUUGACGUGCUAUUUUCUCAUUAGUUUGAAUGAGAUGUACCCCCAGCAUUCUGUACAGCUUGUCCAGCCUAGCAACAGUUGUCACUAAGGAAUGCAUUUGUGGGCGGAGCUUAGAGUCAGUGAAAAAUGAAACAAGAUCAAUUUUCCUUUUGACAUUCAGACUCUUAAGUGAUACUGUUCUCUCCUGUCUCCUCACAAUGUGCAUGUCUCCCUCAUACAUGCAUUACAAAGAUGUAUUUUGUCCACUUUGAUUGAUACCCGAUUGUAUUAAAGGCAGGGAUGGAAACCUUCGCGUCCCUCAGACUCGUCUGCCUGACCCUUUGUACCCCAGUGCAAAAUCGGAGAAAUAAAGGAGGAUGAACUUCAGCUGAAACAGUAAUUUAUUGUAGACUGUUGCAAAGAAAAUCGUUUUAUGUAAAUAAAGGUUGAAAUACCCCCCCAAAA